AUGUAAACAGAAGUGAAAUGUGAAUGUGAGAGUUGUGAAUUGUGAAAAACAUUAUUACCUAUGAUAAAAAAUUAAAAAUACCACUAAAUAUUGGAUUUUAUAGAGAUUCUAAUAAAUAUAUUAGACAGGAGGCAAAAUAAAGUACAAAGUACUGUUUUUUGUGUGGUUUUUGAUGAUAAAAACAACCACUACAAUAAUACUAUAGUAUUAAUUGUGAUCGUUACAUUUAUAUUUUAGAUAUUGCUUUUAAGUUCUACAACUAUGUCUAAGAAAUUGGAAAAUAAUUCCAAUAGGAACACGGUGGAGGGCUGUAACAACAAAUCAAGCAAGAUUAUUAAAGGGAUUUUAAUGAAUUUACUCAAGCAAUUUUUUUUCUAUUUACGCAUGUUGUUUGAUAUGACUGUUGAUUUUGUGUAUGGGUUAUACUGGGAUGGGCGCAGGAAGACUAUUCCUCCUCUAGAGAAGAAGCAUGCUAUUCUUAAAGAGAGUGCUGUAAGGUUGGCUUCUAUGAUACGAAACAAGGAGUUGAAGUCUGAGGAACUUGUCUGUGCUUGUAUUGAGAGGAUCAAACUUGUGAACCCAUACCUGAAUGCGGUGACGGACGAGAGAUAUGAAGAUGCCAUUAAGGACGCUAGAGCAGUUGACAAGAUGAUAGAAAAUGGACUCACAGAAGAAGAGUUCACAAAGAAGCCAUUCUUAGGUGUCCCGUUUACAGCCAAAGAGAGUCAUGCAGUAAGUGGUAUGCUACACACUCUCGGUGUAGUCGCGAGGCGUGAUGCGCGUGCGCACGAGGACGCAGAGUGCGUGCGACUGUUGCGGGCUGCGGGGGCCAUUCCUGUCGCGGUCACCAACGUGCCCGAAAUCAACAAGUGGCAGGAGACUCGCAACACGUUGUUCGGCCAGACCAACAACCCCUACCACACAGGCCGCACAGUGGGAGGCUCCAGCGGGGGCGAGGCUGCACUUAGCGCAGCGCUAGCUAGUCCCAUAUCACUCUGUUCAGAUAUAGGCGGGUCGACUCGCAUGCCUGCAUUUUACUGUGGGUUGUAUGCCCUCAACCCCACCGCUGGUCACACCAGUCUUAAAGGAUCGGCUCUGCGCACUGGGUUGGACCCCACAAUGGCGUCGAUUGGAUUCGUCAGCAAGCAUUUAGGGGACCUGGCACCUCUCACCCGCGUUGUGGCUGGUGACAUGGCACCACAACUGAACCUAGACCGCGAGAUCGAUAUAAAGAAUGUGCGUUACUUCUACUUGGAGAACGCGAGAGAUCUGCGGGUCAGUUCUGUGUGCGCGGAACUCAGAUUAGUUAUGAAGAGAGUAAUAACACGUUUGUCUGACGAGGCCCCCGCCGGCAAGAGCCCGCGGCCCUACCAUCAUGAAGGCUUCGACCACAUGUUCGCGCUGUGGAAGAAUGCCAUGACGAAGGAAUCGGAGAACUUCUCCAGAAUGUUGAGUAACAACGUGGAAGAGGUACACGGACUGACCGAGCUGGGGCGGAAGAUUAUAGGCAAGUCGGAUUUCACACUGGCUGCAAUAUUGAAGUUGCUCGACGAUCAGGUCAUGCCAGCUGUCAACAAGCAGUGGGCGGAGCAGCUUACGAGAAGUCUGGCCAGCGAUCUGAUUAGAUUGCUCGGCGAUGACGGCGUGUUACUGCUUCCCAGUGCCCCCUCCCCCGCGCCAUACCACUACUCCCUCUACCUGCGCCCCUUCCACUUCUCCUACUGGGGGAUACUCAACGUUCUGCAUAUGCCGGCCGUUCAGGUGCCGCUGGGAGUGAAUGCAGACGGGGUUCCCCUGGGACUGCAAGUGGUGGCGGCGCCUCGCAACGACGCUCUCUGUGUCUCCGCGGCGCACCACCUUCACAAUAUGUUUGGGGGCUUUGUACCACCAUGCACCAUCUUACAGUAACACCGCAAUACUCCGAUACCAUUACUAGAACCAUCCAUCUUGUAAAAUCAUCCAUCAAAAUCACUUUAUUAUGUAGGUCACGGAAAUGACACUUAUGAAUGUCAAAAAUAUUAUUUUCUUUUUAUAUAUUCCGCUAUGUCAGAAAGGGUUGAGAUGUAAUGAGAAUAAGUGGCAAGAAACUCAUUGCCACUCUGUAAAUCAGCAUUUAGAGAUUCAUCUAUUUACAAAUCAUUUAAGUUACAAUAUAUGUGAAGUGAAGUUAUAUCUUGUGGUUUUUAGUCCAGAAUAGGUCAUUCACGGUCAAGUGUUUUUCUCCGUGUUCUUUAUUGGUUCGUAGUCCAAAAUAGGUGAUUCACGGUCAAGUGUUUUUCUUUGUUUGUUCGUAGUCCGGAAUAGAUAAUUCACGGUCAAGUGUUUUUCUUCGUAUUCGUUAUUGGUUUGUAGUCCAGAAUAGUCUCUCCUUGAAACAAAUGUAUUAAAAAAAUACAAAACACCAAUUUCAUUAGAUAAAAGUCACUAGUGCAGAAAAUAAUAACGUUCCGCUCUAAAACACUCGUGGAAAAGUAUUUUUUUGAGCAAAUGUAUUGAAAGACUUAAAAAACACCAGUUUAAUAAUUAAAAAAACAGCACUAGUGCGGAGAAGAAUAAUUCCACAUGACUCGGAUGGAAUGUCUGCUGUGUCAGCAAAUGUAUUAAAAGAUAUAAUCUUAGAUAAUUUAUACGUCUAGAUAGAGUCUGUUGCUGUUAGACAACCGAUAAAAACAGCCAAGGCAUAUUAGUUUAGUGUGCGUGACAAGCUACGUCUUACACUAGCGAUUUGUAUGACACUUUAUGUUAGUGUGUGUGAAUCGCUCAAAAUAAGGUUAGUUCUAAUCAAUCUUUUUCGACGUUUUCACAGCUGUCAUAGUCUAUCUAGACGUAUAAAUGAUCUACCGAUAUAAUAUACUAUGAAACGCAUGUGAGAUUUAAGCAAAACAUAGUUUAUUAACAAUAUGUUAUGUUUUUAAAGUGAUAACCCUCACUUCUAGGAUUGAUACACAAAUAAAAUUUGAAAAACAAAAUUUUAUGAACGAUGCGGGAUUUUGUUUCUCAAAUUUUAUUUCUGUUUUAAUCCUAGAAGUGACGGUUAUCACUUUAAAAACAUAACAUAUUGUUUAGAUUUACAAGAGCGACAUCUCAAGUCAAUUUCCUAAUAUGCAAAUAUUGGGGUUGAGCAGGUUAUCAACUGUAAAGUAGAUCCUGUAGAUGAAGCCACAACCUGAGAGUUGAACAAAGCAAACAGAAUUUUAUAACGAGGCGGUACUCGAACAGUUAGCUCAGUUGGUUAGAGCACCGGCACGGAACGCCGGAGGUCGUGGGUUCGAAUCCCGCAUCGUUCAUAAAAUUUUGUUUUUCAAAUUUUAUAGUUUAUUAAAUUAUAUUAUACCAAAUAGAAGACAUGUAUAUUCAGAAAGUAUUUUAAUACAGCAUUUAUUUCUUAAUGAUCACUCUCAAGCAUUUAAUUAAUUUUGUUUUAACUACGUUAUAUUUUACUCAUUAUAUUUACUACUGUGAUUAUUUGAGAAUUUUCACAAAUUACGGAGUAUAGCUAACCAACAGUUUUAGAUAGCACAGCAAAAUCUGAAUCUUGAAUUCGCUAUAAUGACUAAUAUUUUCGAUAAGUUGUUUUUUUUUUAAUAUUUAAUAAAGUAUGAUAUAUAGACAUUACGCAAAUUAAAGUAAAAAACAAAACUUAUGAACGACGCGGAGACGAACCUGCGACCUCUCACGUUCUGUAAGAUUGCGUGUGUUAGAGGUCUCGGGUUCGAAUCCCGCAUCGUUCAUAUAUUUUGUUUUUAAAUUUAAUUUGUGUUCUUAAUCCCAGAUGUAUGGGAUAUCACUUUUAAAUAAUAACAAAUUGUUUAUAUAUAAACAUACUUAAAAAGAUAAUGAAUAGUUGUUUUUUCCUUAUUUCAAUAAAGUAGUUAAUGUAUUUCUGUGCUGCAUAUAAAUAGACUGACUUUUAAUUAUUCACGAUCUUAUAACAUUAUAUACUCAUGGGGACCAAGGAAUAAUAAUUGUAUACUCGCAAACUACCUACAUCCGUAUAAUACUCAUAACACAUUUUAUUUAUGCCAGAAGAAUGGAUCUAUUUUCUUUCGGUACUUAAUAUUUAUUUGCAAUUUUUUUUAAGGAAUUUUAAGGAGAUAUUUGUUGUAUGUAUUAAGAAAGAAAAUUAUAUUUUUAUAAAAAUUAUUUGAUAUACUUAAUAAUUAUUAUGUGCCUUAUUAAUAAUAAUAUAAUAAUUAUUAUUUUGUUGCGUGUGGUAUCAUUGCCCUACUGUGUCUAAGAUGAUACUCCACUAUUGUAACUCUUGUCGUUAAUUUUGUCGUGAAAGUGUAACAGACUAGACUCUAAAAGUCACGUAUGUAAUAUUACUAUUAUUAAAAGUAUAGAUAACAGAUUUAAAGGAUCAAUGUAGCGACAGUAAUGUCCGCCGCCCUCUAGCGCCAUCUAUUGACUCGAAACUUAGUGAAAACACAAUACUUCCCUACAUACCGUAAGUCGAAAAUAAUGGAUUUUUCGGGUGGCUGGUGGCAGAUAACGAGUGACCACGUGCACGCAAUGAUAGAGAAAUGGUUAUAUUGAAUAUUAUAUUAUUUACUUUUAUAAGUAUUUUAUGUAAUUAGAAACUUUUACGAGCAAAACUGUACUCAUUGUUUAAUAUUUCUAAGUAUUUUACUAUGUAAUAAAAGUAAUAAUAUUAGAA